ACGGUCCAAUUAUUGACUACUGAUGAACAUGUGUGGCGUUUCUCAUACUAUUUUGUAGGUGAGGCACUAACAGAGGAGAACAGCCUCACGUUGAAUUCCCAUCCUUGAUCAGCGAGUUUGAGACGAACUAUAAUGAAUUCCGCAGGGUACGUUGAACUCUGAUCAAGCAGUGCUUGCUUGGAUGACAUUUGCAUAAUCCACCCAUGGAUAGAGUUCAUUCUGAACCCGUAGCUAUUGGCUGAGUGAGUCUCAACUUGACUCCAAACAACCCAAGCUCCUCCAAGGACACGUUUUGAAAUUUUGCCAUCUGCUAUCCUGCUAGCAUCUCGGUAUCUCGCCGUUCGGUAGUCUCAAAUCCAGACUCCACUUGAAAAUCACUGGGAGUUCCGAGCCUGGAGGGCAAUUCCGGAGGACGACUCCCAGGUGUCAAGCCAACUGGUGCCCAGUUUAAAUAGUGUACGUCAACGGAAACCUAACGCACAAUCCUGCGUGCAGAUCCUGAGCUAGAAGCUUGCACAGACUUCUUCGUGAACCCGAACCUAGUGAUUUGCAGACGGUCUGGCCAUUAUGUGGUCGAAGUGGAAAGGGUGCUCGGACGAGCAAGCUGGUAGUGCGGGGCCGGAGUGGUUAGCAAAAGGGUCUGUUGUUUCUCUUUCGUUUUGGCGCGGGACUUAGGGUGUACUUAACAACGCCCAACAUGCGCCGGUUUUCACACGCAUUGACGUGGUUUGUGAAGGCGACCCAACCUCUGAAGCUGUUUGGAUCUUGGUGCUACGCCGUCAGCCUGGAAGAACGAAGUCCGAAGUUCUUAAAGAUGAGGCACAGUAGUGCAGUCAAACUUAUGAACUUUAAUGUUAGUUGCUACUUACUCUUGUUUGUCUAGAAGUACCCCUCAAUAUGCAGUAUAAGGUUACGCCGACAUGACUUCUACCUCUACCGACAGAUUGUGCUGCAUCGGAUCAGAUGAGUGAUCAGAAGAGAAAGUUCAUUCCACCUCCUUAGGUGCCUCAUUGCAAUGCAGGCGGUUGAGAACAAAGGGCCACAAUUGCAAAUUCUGGCCAUCGCUCUUAUCUCUUUGGCAUGGGUUGGAGUUGCCCUGCGGGCAUAUACUCGUUUCUUCAUUGUCAAAAAGAUCACCUGGGACGAUAGAUUUGUUGCUGCAAGCUUAGUAUUCUACAGUAUCUACUGCUCUUUCGUUCUUGUCGGUGUUCAUUAUGGCACCGGACGGUUCGAUGCGAAUCUCGAUGUUAGAGACCUGUUGACGGCACAUCGGUAUUGGUACUAUUGCGAGUGGGCAUAUGUGAUUACCAUGUGCAUGAUCAAAGUCGCUAUCACAAUUCUUUACCUUCGACUGUUUAUUGAAAAGUGGCAACGCCGAGUUAUCUGGAUCACAUUGGUAAUAGUGAUAGCAACCGGAGUUGCUUACCUCCUUGCCGUCGUCCUGCAAUGUGUUCCGGUCACAUUCAUCUGGCACCGAUACGAGCCGAACACAACGCACAAGGGUUUCUGCCUCCCACGUGGGAUCGUUCUCGGCGGUACAUAUAUACACUCGGCUGUGAGCGCUAUCUCAGAUUUCACGCUCGCAGGUCUCCCAGUAGUCCUGUUGUGGAAUGUACGAUUCGCUUUCUGGAAGAAAUUUUGGAUUGGGGUCAUGAUGGGAUUAGGCGCGAUUGCUGUCAUUGCGACGUUGAUUCGUCUUCGCUUCAUUGAAAGCUUGGUGAUCAAGAAAGACUUUCUCUAUCACACUUUCGGAGUAGCUAUCUGGUCUACAGUUGAGCCAGGGAUUGCCCUGUUUGCUGUUUGUCUAUCUGUUCUCCGGCCUCUCGCCGCCAGGUUCUGGGAUAUACGCCUCGUCAGAACGAUUGCUACACUUCGAAUUGAUCCUGAGCCAGUUCAAGAGGAGGCGUAUGGGACAUUGCAAAGCGGAUCUGCACGACUAGGAACAGAGGCUACUAUGCAAAGUAGGCAGAGGGAAGGAGACGUAGAAGCUGCCAUGGCCGAGGUUGCCCCUGGAAAUAUACUGCGACCUUCUCACACAUCAGAGCGGCAGCAGGAGUCUGACAGUCAACAGUUUGAAAGCUCGUUUGACUUUUCCAAAGCUACGGUCAGUAGUAGUGAGGCCCCAUUCACGCUGGAAUUGGAUCGCGAAAUGACGAAUCCAACAAUGCUUCCUUUGCACGUUAUAUUCGCUGGUUUAGAUGUGCCAGAGAUGUCUCUGAAUCGUUGGUCGCAACAAUCAUGGGGAUUCUCAAAAAGAGAUUCGAAGAAAUGAUCAGCGAGAAGCUGAUACAAAAUCCUUGUACAUAUAUACAUAUAUAGAGAAGUAAUCUAAUCACCAACAAGC